UCUAGACCUGUAAUAAGAUAAUAUUGUACAUAUGUUGAAUUUUGAAUUAUAUACCUACCUAGGUACCUAUAUACUACACUCUCCAUUUUGGAUGCUUGGUAAUUAUUAUAAAAAAAAUACUGUUAUGCUACAUUUGCCCAUUAAAUACAACUCGCCUAGGUAUGAUAGGGGGCUGCUGCAUCUAAUAUGUCCGACUCCUAUCUAUCAGCUACACUCACAGCUACACUCACACUCGCAGCUAUUUUAAUCUACAAAUAUAUCAUAUAUCCUACCGUCUUCUCGCCUCUCUCCAGAAUCCCAACUCCUCACUGGUCGUGUUCCAUCUCGCCGGCAUGGAUCCUAUGGACCCGGUUCAACAGCCGCGAAAACCGCACUCUGCACGCCGCCCACCAGCAAUAUGGCCCAAUCGUGCGCCUCGGCCCCAAUGAGCUGAGCGUCAACAGCGUCGAUGCCGUCAAGACUAUUUACCAAGGCGGCUUUGACAAGCACGAGUGGUACUCGCUCUUCGACAACUACGGCGUCCCAUGCACAUUCUCCUCCGCGCCCGCAAAACACCACUCCCUGCGCAAGAAAAUGGUGUCCCACGUGUACUCCAAGUCGUACAUCCACGCCUCGCCAUCCCUCGCCGCGCAGGCCGAUCUCAUCAUCAACUCGCGGCUUCUCCCGCUCCUCCGGGAGUCCGUCUCUGCCCUUCAGCAGCCUCCCGGCGUAGACGUGCACUCGCUGUUCUGCGCCGCCGCCAUGGACUUCAUCUCGGCGUACUGCUUCGGCGCGCGCCGGAGCGCCGACUUCAUCCGCCGGAAGCCCUUCCGCGACCACUGGCUCGAGCUGUACGCCACGCGCAAGGGCCACGGGUUCUUCGCCCAGGAGCUCCCGCGGCUGUCGAGGGUUUUAGCGGCUGUCGGCCUCGAUCCCACGCCCGCCUGGGUCCAUGCUGCCAAUCGGGAGCUCGAGGCGUGGUGUAAGGAGCUGAGCGACGCUGCGAUACGCUUUCUAGAAGAGGAGGAGGGGAGAAGUGGGAAGUCGGCUGUGAAUACGGCUGAUGACCCGGUUGUUGUGCAUGCGUUGCUCGCGGGCAUCGAGAAGGAGUAUGAGACGAACGGCGCGGCAUCACUGCUGUACACGACCACAAUCAAGCAACGCAAUCUCUCCAUCGCAUCCGAGAUCCUCGACCACGUCCUAGCCGGGCAAGAAACCACCGGCGUCGCACUAACCUACCUGUCCUACCACCUCUCCCAAUCCCCUCCCUUGCAACGCGAACUCCGCUCGGAACUGCUCACCCUAACCCCCAGCCCCCGCAUCGGUCGCGACGGCAAGGCGCAGCUCCCGGACUCCAGACAGCUCGACAGCCUGCCCUUGCUCCACGCCGUCGUCACGGAGACAGUCCGCCGGUACGCUCCCGCCGGCGGCCCGGAGCCGCGCGUGACGCCCCAGCCGUCCUGCCGCAUCGGGCCUUACCAAGUCCCCGGCGGCACCCGCGUCUCCGCCUCGGCGUAUAACCUGCACCGCGACCAGACCGCGUUCCCAGAUCCCGAGACGUGGGAUCACACGCGGUGGCUACCGCGGCAGCAUACCGAUUCUAAAGAAGACGGCGGCGGUAACGGCAACGGCAACGACGGAAACAAGGACGAAAAGGACGUCUACCGGCAUUUCUGGGGCUUCUCGAGCGGUGGGAGGAUGUGUCUGGGGUCGAAUUUCGCUAUGCACGAUAUGAAGCUCAUGAUCGCCGUCAUAUAUGCCAACUACACCAGCCACAUUGUCGACGACAAAGGCAUAGAGCCGACUGACGCAUACACGGGACGUCCGAAGAGUAACUCCUUAUACUUACGCUACGAGAGAGUCCGGGGGGGAUAGGCCGCGCUUAAUCUAAUUCAUAUUUCAUGUCACUAUCUUGUAUUCCUUGUAGAAGGUAACCCUGAAUUUAACACACCAUUAUACAAAAGAGGUAGAUACAUACAUCUAUGCUACAAGAACAUAUAACUAUCACACGACAGGAGUUACAUUUGGGAAUU